AUGAAUCUCGGAAAAUCUGCACUUUUCGCUGACGGGCGUUUACCCGAAUACCAGGAAAAUAGCUAUUCGCAGACGAGCACAUGGCCGAUGGUUACGGUGAGUGAAUACGGCACCCUCUGUUUGGAUUAUGGACUCGUAGCUGCGUUGGUGUCUAUAAACAGAGAGAAGCGGGAGAGAAGAGGAAUGAUUCUAUGCGGAUGCGGUCGAUUAGAUGGUACCGAAAUUUCAGAAGCUAUUUCGACGGCCAUACACCUACGGCAGAAAGAUAUGAAGCCGCUAUUUUAUGCUCCGGAUAUUGAGAUUUGUGGUAUAGUCGAUCAUUUUACCAGGGAGAUUGAUACUACCUGUCCUUCUAGAAAUGCUCUCGUGGAAGCUGCCAGAUUAGCAAGAGCAUGUAUAAAACCUCUGACCGAGUGCGAAGCUUGUACACAUGAUGCUCUUAUUAUACCCGGAGGGUUUGGCGCCGCACGUACUUUGAGUAAUUUUGUCGAAAAAGGAGCAAAUUGCACCGUCUUGCCCGACUUAGAGAAACUUAUCGAAGAUUUUUACUGCGAGAAAAAACCGAUCGGAUCUAUGUGCAUAGCUAGUGUGCUUAUCGCUAAAGUGUUGAAAGGCGUGAAAGUUACACUUGGCAAAGAAUCACCUAAAGAAUGCUGGCCAUACGCUGAUGCUAUCAAGAAGGUCAAAGAGAUGGGCGCUAAAGUAGAAAUGAAAGAUGUCAAAGGAGUAACACGAUGCAAGAAGUACAACGUUGUCAGUACACCAGCCUGGUUGUAUGAACCUGCAACCUAUGCAGAUAUUCACGAAGGUAUCGGUAAACUCGUCACGAUGCUAAAGAAAUGCAUAAAUAAGUAAUAUAUAUUUGUGAA